ACGUUGUGAGAUAUAAGUUGUUUUGCUGCUUGCAAAUACAAUACACCAGACUUUUUAAACUGCAAAUAUAUUUGUUGCAGUGCCAGAAUAAGCACAUAAGAAAUAAUCAAAUUGUUAAAACCAUAAAGUAUCUCUCGCGUAUAACCUGAAGAAAAAAAGGCGGGAAAUUCAGGAAUCAAUUAUGCAGAAAAAAGCUAGGAAGACGAGGCGUCAGCUUUUAGCUGAGAAAGCAGCGGUGCAACAGCAGUUAAUCAACAAGGCUAAUGCUUUGAAGGAUCCUUUAGCGGCUUUAGAAAUAUUUCACGAAUAUAACACGAAAGACGAUUGCACGAUAAAGCUUUCCUGUGUCAGGGCGAAAGAUGCACAAGAGGAAUGUCUCUCUUGGAUUUUUGAUAUUAUGGAGAGAAACAUGAAGGAUAUGUACGAAGAGUCCAAUUGGGGAUGGAACGCAUCUGAGAAACAAACGGAAUUGACAGAGGAAACAGCAUGGUAUUUGAUAGCAUCGUAUAAUGAUAAAUUUUUAGGCUUUUCACAUUUUCGGUUUGACGUCGACAAUGGCGAUGUAGUAUUAUAUUGCUAUGAAUUACAAUUGGAACCAUCGAUCAGACGCCAAGGACUCGGCCGUUUUAUGAUGUCUGCCCUGGAAUCCAUGGCAAGUCGGAAUCAGAUGCUGAAGGUUGUUCUGACAGUUUUCAAGCACAAUCCAUCAGCAAUACGAUUCUUCUACACUCUCGGAUAUAAAUUAGACAAUUCGAAUCCAUCAGCCUCGGCGCACUUGGACUACAUAAUCUUGAGUAAACAAAAUUUGGAUAAAUAAAAAGUAACGUACGCUGA